AGGCUUCUCUCUUUAUUUGUUUUUUCUUCACGCCUUUUUAUAAAGGAAAUAAUUCUUUUUCUUCACUAGCUGGCGAAACAUUGGUAAAAUUCUCUUCUAACCUUUCUUCAUUUGCACAGUUGCCUUUAUUAUUUACAUAAUGGAAGAUUUAAAAUCAUUAAAACGCACUAGAGCAUCUCAGAAAUCAAAGUUAACUAUUUUCAAAUCAUAUCUUGAACCACUUCUUGCUUGCAAAGACUUAAAUGCCUUACAAAUUCACGAAACAAACAUUCGCUUAGCGAAAAUCCAAGCAUUAUACGAUGAGUUCGAUAGCAUUCAAACUCAAAUAGAAAAUGCACUCGAAAUUCCAGGUGACGAGUUUGCCGAACGCGAGACCUUCGAACGAGCUUACUUUGGUGCCAUCGCAGCGGCUCAGGAGCUGCUGAGCAGACACGCGACGGUCGGGCCUGCUUCUGGGGCUGACUUCGCGUCGGUGCCAGGCUCGGAGGUACAAGAUGCUCACAUCAACACUCUCUCAAGAUAUGCAAGAACACAAUCGCUGAAGCACCACUUUUGGAACCGCUAUUAUAUGGAGUAUAUUUCAGAAUUACAGAAGCGAAGUAAAUGGCGCAGAGAUGGCGGUCAACCACAAAUAGGAGAGAUGGUUCUGAUCAAAGAUGACCGCCUGCCCCCCAACCGAUGGCUGCUGGGUCGAGUCACUGCUGUCUUCCCCGGCGCCGACGGUGUCAACCGUGUGGCCGAUGUCUACACUUCAUCAGGAACAAUGAGGAGAGCCUACAACAGGCUCUGCCCUUUACCAACAUUGGAACCAGACGUUCCAAGGGCGGCAGUAUGUUAAGGCGUCUGUGUCAGCGCGCACGCACACAGACGCAUCGCCGC